AUGGCAGACGAAAGCCAAAGCAAAAAUGAAAGUGGUGGUGAUAUCGAAAAGGGCCUCGCUGCCCUCGAGACAACCCCUACUAACCAUAGCAUCGUGAAUAAUAAUGGGAGUAAUAAUACACCCAUGGCUGGUCUCGACCAUAUUCGCAGCCAUGUUUCCCACCAAGAAAUGCACGCUUCGAAUAAUGCUUACCGUGAGGAAAACGCUGAGCAAUACCUACGCUUUUCACCAUCACGCAAGACGAUUAUCGUCGCUAUUCUGGCUUUUUGCUCGUUCUUGUCGCCCGUUUCGUCGACGUCGAUUCUGCCGGCGGUGCCCGAGGUUGCUGAUACGUUCAACACUAGUGGCAGUAUGAUUAAUGCGAGUAAUGCUGUCUUUAUGGUUUUUAUGGGGUUGUCGGCCACCUUCUGGGGAACUUUUAGUCAGAUUCUGGGGAGGAGACCGAUGUCUGUUUGGAGCUCGUUCUUUUUCUUCGUGUUCAGUUUGGCUACUGCCUUGUCACCGAAUCUGUCUGCAUAUUUCAUCUUUCGGGCUCUUACUGCAUUUCAAGGGACCUCGUUCCUUGUCGUGGGCAGUGCGUCGAUCAGCGACAUCUACACGCCUACAGAAAGGGCUACGGCUCUGGCAUGGUUUCUAUCAGGGACACUAAUCGGCCCAGCUCUGGGGCCUUUCCUUGGUGGAGUAAUCGUCACUUACCGCUCAUGGCGGGUGAUUUUCUGGCUUCAAAGCGCGCUUGCUGGCACAGCAUUCGUGCUAGUCGCCUUCUUCAUCCCUGAAACCAUUCCACACAAGACAAUCGAAGACCUGUCCGACCUAUCACCGCUGCAAAAGACGCGGGCGAUCUGGAAACGAAUGAACCCUAUCCGGGUAAUAGUCCUUCUCUUCGAAUAUCCAAACCUCUUCUUUGCAGCCGUGACUGCCGCUGCCCUUGUGUGGAACCAAUAUUCCCUCCUCACGCCAAUCAGAUACGUGCUCAAUCCGCGCUUCAACCUCACUACGCCCAUCGAAUCGGGCCUGUUUUACCUCGCCCCAGGAUGCGGCUACCUCUUCGGCACGCUCUUUGGCGGCCGCUAUGCAGACUACAUCGUGCGAAAAUGGAUCCGCAAACGCGACGGUGUACGCGUGCCCGAGGACCGGCUCAAAUCGUGCCUGGUUUUCGUUGGCAUCGUGAUCCCGGCCUUCAUCCUCAUCUACGGGUGGACGGUCGAGAAGGCUGUGGGUGGAAUUCCCGUGCCCGUGAUCUCCAUGUUUCUGCAGGGUGUUGCGCAGUUGUUCUGUUUCCCGAGUCUGAAUACGUAUUGUUUAGAUGUGAUGCAAUCCAAGGGCAAGAGCGCUGAAGUCGUUGCAGGGAACUACAUGUUCCGGUAUGCGUUUGCCGCGCUGGGCACGGGGGUCGUAUUGCCUGCUGUGGAGACUAUGGGCGUAGGCUGGUUUAGUGUCAUCACGGCCAGUUUCCUGCUCGUUUCUGGUGUUCUGAUGUGGCUGACGACGGUGUUUGGGGCGCGCUGGAGGCAGGGGGUUGACGAGAAGCGGAGUCGCAAGAAGGCCGAGGCAUGA